AUGGCACCCAGGUACAAGGACGGCGACGCCGUGGUUGCCUUCAACGGCAAAUGGGUGUCCUAUACUCACACGGUCGUCGCGUAUGCCGCUUUCCUCAGCGCCCUAGUCGUCGGCGUGGCCCUGCACUACCACAAGAUCGUCCAAAAUGAACACUACGGCUACCCCGAUGAAUGGUUUCCCUCCGUCUCUGCGACAAUUGGCGAUCGCUACCCCGAGCGGUCUUUCUUCCAGGUCUUCAUUGCAAUGACCUCCGGUCCCCGAUUCGCCCUCGUCUUCCUGUGGUACAUCCUCACUGCGCGCCCGAACUCGACACUCCCCAAGAUCGUGGCGGGCGUGGGGAUCUUCCGGACUCUAACUUGCGGUGGUUGGACAUAUGUCACAUCAACGGAUGAUCACGAUUGGCACGAUAUCUUCAUGAUCUCGUAUCUGGUGGCGACCUUGCCCUGGACGCUUGGCUGUCUCGCGCUCAGUCCGAACAACCGCCGCGCGGUCAAGUACCGCAAGAUCAUGGCCAGCUUGUUCUUCGGGACACUAGUGCCUUUGAUCUACUACUUUAUUCAGCACAAGGUUCACAAAGUUCCUGGUGCCUACACCAAAUAUGCUUUCUUCGAAUGGUCUCUCAUUCUGUUCGAUGUGGGCUUUGACGCCGUCACGGCACUCGACUUCGAGGGCUUCGAGCUUGUGGUGAGGGACAUCAAGGGAAUCAGCAGAGGUGCCACAAAGGGUUACGUUGGUUAUAAGAGUCUCUGUCUAAAUUUUCUUGCAAUCAGGCAGUUGAAGACGACUGCGGACGCUGUUCUUGAGAAAGAGAAGGGCAAGUCCGUGGGCAACACCUUCGGCGAGGGUUUCUUCUGGACUGAAAUCAUUGACGCUGCGUCGGAUGUCUACAACGGGUUCGUCUUCUGGACUAUCGUGACUGCUCUCCCAGUUCUCGUGUGGUAUUUCCCUCUCUGGCACAUGGGCAUUUCGGGCUACGAAGUUGCGAUUGUUGCUGUUUUGUCUCCCAUCCUUUUUGCCAUCCCAGGCGUCAAAUAUGCCGCGACCAAAAACCUUCGACUGCUUCAUCUUCUUUCACUGCUGGGUCUCCUUGCCUAUAGAUUCCAAGACCCCGCCAACCGUCUGUUCGUGACUAGCUUCGCUCUCUCCACCACCUGUGUCGCGUGGACCACCAGCUGGUUCUCCGAGCGGGGAAACACUCCGCGCCUGGAGACUCGCAUCUUGGCCUGGGGGAUUGGUUUGAUCAUGUCCUCCAUUGCCAAGUUUGCCUGCCGGACCAACAACCCUCUCUGGCCCAUUGUGCAUGCCGAAAAUGGCGGCUGGAACAAGCUCGGUCUCGCGCUUGCCGUGUUCGCUGUCCUCCGGUCUCAGCGACGUUCGCUUACCAGUGGCAACGACUUCCUGCCAUCGAGCGGCAAGAAGGGCUCCGCGAUCCUGGCCGGUUUCGGUUUUGGUGGACUUUUCUUUGCCAUGGUCUCUCUUUUGACUGAUUCUAGCACCAUGAUCUCCUGGGUCUGGGAUGGCUAUCCUGUUCGUGGUCCCAUUGCGGUGCCGCACGGUGCGCUGACCAUCUUCGCCAUGGGUGCUGGUCUCAUCUAUGGUACCUUCCACCCCGCCGCGGCUGGAAGCUGGACUGCCUUUGGAAUUGGCUCCCUUGGCGCUACUUUCCUCACUUGCUUCCACCACUGGAGCGGAUUUUACGGUGCCCUGACUUUCGCCUUUUAUAUCAUGGCUGUUGCCCCGGUUAUGGUCUCUUCCGCCGUCAAACACUCUCCUGCAACCACCUUCGGUAUUGGUUUCUUUGUCUAUGUCUUCAUGCUUCUCUUCCACGUCUGGGUUGUCGCCUAUGCCUUCGUGCCGGGUGGUCCUCUGGUCCGAGAGCACACCGACUGGGUUAUGAUCACGACCAUGCUUUGCAUCGGCGCAGGUGUCUUCUCAGCGGCGAUCUCGAACUCGUCGCGCACCCGCGCCAAAAAGCCAAUCAGCCCUAACAGCAAGCGCGCGCGGUCGUACUACAUCUAUGUUCUCGCCGCCUUGCAACUGCUUUCCGUCUCGGUGGCCUACCUGCGCUUCCCAACCAAUGACUACAAGCCGUAUCACGCCGAGGACAAGGUGGCGACCAUGGGUAUCUGGACCGUCCAUUUCGGCCUGGAUAACGACAUGUGGUCCUCUGAGGGCCGCAUGCGCCAGGUCAUCGAAGAGCUCGAGAUCGACGUCAUCGGUCUCCUAGAGUCGGACAACCAGCGUAUCAUCAUGGGCAACAAGGAUGUCACGCAGUCCCUGGCCGAAGACCUCGGCAUGUACGCUGAUUUCGGCCCGGGCCCAAACAAGCACACCUGGGGCGCCGCCCUGCUCUCCAAGUUCCCAAUCGUCAACUCAACCCACCACCUCCUCCCCUCGCCCGUGGGCGAGCUGGCCCCAGCCAUCCAUGCUACGCUCGACAUGUACGGCGAGAUGAUCGACGUGGUCGUCUUCCACUCCGGCCAGGAAGAGGACCCCGAGGAUCGUCGUCUUCAGUCUGAGUACCUCUCCAACCUGAUGGGCUCGUCGCCGCGCCCAUUGGUUCUGUUGAGUUACCUAGUCACCCGGCCCUUGGAAGGCAACUACAACACAUACGUGAGCGAGCGGAGCGGUAUGAAGGAUAUCGAUUCCUCCGACUGGGAUAGGUGGUGCGAAUAUGUUCUCUACAAGAACCUCAAACGCACGGGCUAUGCCCGCAUCAGCCGCGACUCUAUCACAGACACGGAAAUUCAGGUCGGCAAAUUCGUCAUCGGCGAACCCGAGCCAGAGAACGACGUACGUAUCCUCGAAUCUGACGUCCCCGUCGGCCGGAGAUUCCCUGCCCUGUUCCACGGCGAGGGUGUGCGCGGACACCGGUACCAUGUCUUUGAUGAACCCAGGUACUGGCUGUAA